CAUCAUGGCUACGAUAACUAAGCUCCCAGACGAGUUGCUGCUUCAGAUCUUCCUCUACUUCAGACCACUGCCCGGCAGACAUGACUGGUAUGGCAGCCAAGUGGAAUAUGAUGAAGACAUCUCCCAAUACCUGGAGCUCAAACAGCUGUGCAAAGUCUCACAAGCUUUCCGCCGUAUUGCCUUGCCUCUGAUGUACCGCGGCUUGUACGCCGAUGCAUUCAAAGCCGACGGCGUCAACUGCAUCAUUCACACGCUACGCCGGCGCCCAGAGCUUUGUACUAUAAUCCGAGACGUCCAAUACUGGUCGUGUGUGCAGUCAGUUCGAGAUGUCCGCAAAGCUUACUACAGGCAAUGUUUCACGCACGAGUGGUACUCGCCAGAGUUCUUCAGGUUCAUCGAGGAGCUGAUGAUGGACAAGCAGUACCUACAGAGCCAUCUGGAUGGGCUAGUGCUGGCUUUCAUCAUCCUCGUCGCACGUGACGUCGAGACAUUGGACUUUGUACUUCCCUCUCGGGAAACACGGACUGUGCUGCCACUAAUCUUCACGGCGUGCGCGAAAGCAAUCAUGGCGUCAAAGGAGGGAAAAAUAUGGGUUCACAAGGGUCUCCAGCCCGAGGCGCGUCAUGGAGGCGCACCGUUGAUGGACGCAGCUGAUCAGCCGCCAUUUCUGGCCGAUGAUGAGGGCGUUUGCACAGAUCUCGUCCCUCUGUCCACACUCCGUGCCAUCAAGCUCAAUAUCGGCACCUGGGAUGAGGUGCGUUUCCAAUAUCUCAUGUUCCUCGACGAUAGCAGCAUCCCUUCCAUGCUUUUCUUUCCCGAUCUGGAGAGAUUCUCGACAAGAGGACUUUUCUGGGGUACGAAGGCGGAAUAUGCCUCCCUCGGAAAGCCUAGGGAUGCGUUGCUGCCAGACGCUCAUGACGAUGGUUCCGGCGAGCACCAUCACUACGACCGAGCCGAGAAUAACAGACUACCGUUUCCUCCAUACGGAUCACGACCACGCAUGAAACAUCUUGAGCUUCGAAGCACAGAUAUACAUCCCUCGCGUGGGCUUGUUGACAUUCUGCGCACGUUUGACAGUCUCGAGACCUUGGCUAUCCACUUUCUAGAUGACGAGCGACGUUGUCGCCAUAAUUUCAACCCGUACGGACCAAUACUACGCCAGUUCGGCCGUCAUCUCAGUCGUCUCGAGCUUGAGCAGAGCUACGACAGAGACCGGCGGUUGGAAGAGGAGGACUUUGGCACUCUGGGAUCCCUCCGAGGAUCAAUGGAGGAUCUGGUCCAGCUUCGCCUGCCACUUCACCGGCUUAUUGGCAGGAUCGACGCCGGUCCUGCUCCAGACGCUCACGGUUCGGGCAGCCUAGACGCUUCCGGUGAUUGGAAGACAGCGCCGGACGUCACGCGACUUCUGCCCCCUAGCCUGCGAUGGUUCUGGACGUCGAUGGCUAUCGGGAGGGAUAGACGUCCCCAUGACAAAGCAAUCGAGCGACUGCUGAAUACUGCGGAACAGCAACUGCCCGCGCUUGAAUGGCUCCUGGUCCGGACGCCGUACAAGUACGAAAUCCAAGCCAGUUCGGAAGACUUUUUCAAGUUGGUUCUGGGGCCAAAGCACACGUUGUACAUCCGGAAACACCGCACGAGUGAAGCUGGGCGAUGCCUUUUGCCUUGUAAGAAAAUACGAGUGCGUCCGGAGAUGAGCGAUGCCUAUGAAAGUCUCAAGGACCAGUAUCAUGGCAUGGUGCCUGUGCCGCCUGGCUGGAGGUUACCGGUUGAGCCAUAUCCCCCGAGGAUCGUGCCGGGGACGUGUAAGAUUUGGCGAAGGCCACGGUAGUCGGGCCCGAGAACCUGCGUUUAUUACGACAAACCCUACGUAGCCUUUGUAAGCUCAUCUGGUGGCACCGUUCUUGGCGAUGUCGUGCGGCCUCAUAGCAGAAUACAGCCCAAGACUCUAC